AUGGGGCAGCCGUCUAGCAAGGAAGUUCGUGGCUCCAGGUCCGAGGGGCGCACGCCUGCUAGGGUCCCUGACGGUGACGAGAAGGCAUCUGACAACACGCCGUCGAACGAAGCAGCAAAGGAAAAAGGCAAGCAGACGCAGCUCGAGGACGAUGCAGUUCCUGGCUCCAGCUCCGAGGAGCGAAAUCAAAGACACAACCAGUUCAUGGACGAUGUAGAUCGCUUGAUAGACAAAGAAAUACAACCUUCAGUGGAAGAUAUUAUAAAAAAACCGGAAUACAACGACAAGGACAUCAGCAGCGCAGAUAUUAAUGGUAAUAGAAUAUGCUACAGCUAGCGUAUAAUUGAUGUUUUACUUUAUUUUCAAAGGCCAUUCAAUUGAAUAUUCGGUGUUUCUUUGACGGCUCGGAGCAGCAACUACUCGUAGGUUGUAAAACUAUUUCAAACUGAAAAAUAGCAAGUCUUUCUUCGGUUGUCGCGAUUCGUUCGCUUGCAUCUUCCCAGUCGGAAUCAAUGUUAAUGUUUUUUCAACCCCGCGCGCCAUAGGUACGUAUGCGGAUUUUAUUUUGGACGUCCAAGAGGAAAAGGAGCGUAUGAUGAAGGAGAAAAGAUAUGAGCACUGGCAAACGCUAGUAUGGAACGACUACCAAACUGCGCUCACGUUCUCUGUUUUCAGGCCGCCGGGCAUCACCCUAAAGGCACAAACACUUCAAGACACCAUCAAACCCGAGUGUAAAAGGCAAAUAUUGCUGUAUAACGAGUCGUCGACGUAUGGAGCUCGCGGAUCUUACUACACGCAACACGGGUGGUCACGGUCAGAAGGAGGCUUGGGACAAAGGUACUUCACAUUAUGAUUUUUGUUCUUUGAUUUAUGUUUUUCAUUCGGCACUACUAUCAUUUUGUUUUCUUGUAGUUCGCUCUUGUAGAAAGAAAAAGCUCACGAUAUUGAUAGUAAUUUUGUUUCUUUGUAAUGAUUUUUAUGUCCUCAUAAAAUUCAGAAGAACACUCAUGAUCGUCAUCAUCGACACGGGAAACAUCUCUCAUCAACUCCAGCUCCGAGGACGAGCGAAAUCAAAGAGACAAGGAGCAGUUCGAGGACGAUGUAAAUAGCCUGAUAGACAACAAAAUACAACCUUUAGUGCUGGAAAGUAUUAAAGCACAGGGAUACCAGGACAAGCACAUCAGCAGGAGCGCAGACGGUAAUUGAAUAUAAUGCUACAGCUAGCGUAUAAUUGAUGUUUUACUUUAUUUUCAAAGGGCAUUCAAUUGAAUAUUCGGUGUUUCUUUGACGGCUCGGAGCAGCAACCACUACUACUAGGUGGUAAAGCUAUUUCAAACUGAAAAUAAAUAGCCCGUCUUUCUUCGGUUGUCGCGAUUCGUUCGCUUGCAUCUUCCCAGUCGGAAUCAAUGUUAAUGUUUUUUCAACCCCGCGCACCAUAGGUAUGUUGCAUUCACCUUUUUUUGGUGACGUCCAAAAGAAAAUGCAGGGUAUAAUGGAGGAGAAAAAAUAUGGGCACUGGCAAAGGCUAGUAUGGAACAGAUACCACUCUGCGCUCACGUUCUCUGCUUUCAGGGAGGGCAUCACCCUAAACGCACAAACACUUCAAGACACCAUCAAACCCGAGUGUCUGAGGCUAAUAUCGGAGACGAACGAGGCGCCGCUCGGAGUUCGCGCAUAUUACUACAAGCAACACGGGUGGUCAGGAGGAGGCUUUAACAGGUACUUCACAUUAUGAUUUUUGUUCUUUGAUUUAUGUUUUUCAUUCGGCACUACUAUUUUGUUUUCUUGUUCGCUCUUGUAGAAAGAAAAAGCUCACGAUAUUGAUAGUAAUUUUGUUUCUUUGUAAUAUUAAGUUGACUUUCUAUUAAUUGAUUUUUAUGUCCUCAUAAAAUUCAGAAGGACACUCAUGAUCGUCAUCAUCGACACGGGAAACAACUCUCAUCAACUCCAGCGUCGCUUAUCAACCCAGCAGCAGUCUCCUCGAGCAUCAUGCAACUGCAACUGUGCCCACCUCUCACGCGGCUCUUUCCAACAUGCACUUCGAGGCCAUGGCUGUCAUGCAGAUCAUGACUACUGCCUUUAUUGCCGGUUUGGCAUUGGGUUGGUGUCUGCGCCGCCGCUGCGAUCAUCGCAACCAGGCCUCCAGUGGUGCUCCGGAAUUGCCGAAGUACGGCGCCACUGCGGAGGGCCAUUGUAUGGAAGAGUGCUAG